AUGAUUGGCACCGAUGUCUCCAACGCUGCAGUGGCCCGCUGUGACAGGUUGGUCACACUGGGCCGGGCGAACUCUGCAGUAGGUACACCACUCGAUUGGCCUGAGGCCAAGAAGGUCGCAGGUCAUGUACGCCAGUGGGGCAUCGAGCAACUACUGGCAAUCUGGAACCGAGCCAAAGGCAAGGAGCGAGAUGCAUUGCUGUGGGGAGACGAGAUCGAGUAUCUCGUCGUCUCCUUCGACGACGAGCAGAGGAAGGUCAAGCUUUCCUUGCGCCAGGCCGAUAUCCUCGAGGCCCUCGCAAAUGAUGAAGAGUUGCUCAGACAAGGUGGCGGUGUGCCCGACCUGGCCAAGCGCGAGGUGAAGACCGCAUGGCCAGCACCGACAUUUCAUCCUGAGUUCGGACGAUUCAUGCUCGAGGCAACGCCCGGGAAACCCUGGAGCAUUAAUUUCAAAGACCUACUAGAUGUCGAGACAGACAUGAAGUGGAGACGAAAGAUUGCGAAAGACCACAUCUACAGCCACGAGUAUCCAAUCACCCUAACAACUUUCCCACUCCUUGGCGACAGAAAAUCAAUAACGCCAUACUAUCCACCGUCUGGGCCAAAGCUUCGAUCACAAUUUGUGCCAGACGAGAUCGCAAAUCCUCACAUACGAUUCCCUACUUUGGCUGCCAACAUCCGAUGGAGGCGCGGCAGGAAGGUGGAGUUGAAUGUGCCGGUCUUUGUCGAUGAGAACACACCACGGCCUUUCAAAGAUCCGACAGUGGACUAUGACCUACAUAAUUGGCCAGAGGAUGACGACGUUCGAAAUGGAGCCGCCAAGACUGAUUGUGUCUACAUGGAUGCGAUGGCAUUUGGUAUGGGCUCUUGCUGCCUGCAAAUUACUUUCCAGGCAAAAAGCAUUUCUGAAGGACGGACAAUGUACGACCAAUUAUCACCGCUUGGGCCGAUCUUGCUGGCACUCACUGCUGCAACGCCGCUAUACAAAGGUUUCUUGGUUGAUAGCGAUGUGAGAUGGAAUCAAAUCAGUCGUGCCGUCGACGAUCGUACUCCGGAAGAAUUGGGCGAGAAACCGCUGAAGAACGAUCGUUGGCGGAUACCAAAAUCACGCUAUGCCAGUAACAGCACAUACAUUGCACAGGAUCCUCGUCUCCGGCCAGAGUACCUAGACCCGGACCUUGUCGUUGAUGAGCAGCUCAAAGCGCGUCUGACUGAGGGUGGUAUGGACGAUCUGCUCGCAACUCAUUUUGCGCAUCUGUUCAUUCGCGACCCGAUCGUCGUUUUCUCCGAGGACCUCAAGGAGUUGGAUCUUGACAAAGCUGAUCACUUUGAGAACCUCCAAAGCACGAAUUGGCAGCAUAUGCGAUUCAAACCACCACCACCGGGAAGUGACAUUGGCUGGCGAGUUGAGGUGCGGCCGAUGGAGAUACAAAUCACCGAUUUUGAGAACGCAGCCUUUUCGGUCUUUGUCGUUCUGAUCACGCGAGCCAUGCUGAGUUUCGAUCUGAACUUCUACUUGCCGAUACCGCGAACAACUCAGAAUAUGGAGACCGCCCACAACCGGGACGCAGUACUCAACGAAAAAUUUUAUUUCCGGAAAGAUCCUCUUCCUCGACGGCAUUCUAGAACAAAUGUCACCACUCCAUCGGAGCCAAAUACACCGCAGCCAAGCCGGCCGCAAAGCCCUGGACCCGUUGAGGACGAAUAUGAACUCAUGACAGUAGACGAGAUCAUCAAUGGACAACGGGAUGGCGGGUUCCCUGGUCUGAUCCCUCUGGUGGAAUCGUACCUCGAUAGCAUCAAUGUCGAUGUUGAAACGAGGUGCGAGCUUGCCAAAUAUCUGGCGCUGAUUCGCGGAAGGGCAAGUGGCAAAUUGUGGACUGCCGCUAAAUGGAUACGGCAUUUCGUAAGGGAGCAUCCAGAAUACAAGAAAGACAGUGCUGUGCCAGAGAGUGUGGUUUACGACCUGGUCAAGGCUGCGGAGCGAGUUACGGUACACGAAGGAAGGGACGGCUUUGCGCUGGAAAUGCUUGGGCAGUGUCGUGAACGGUGA